GCAUUCUGUACGACGACAAUGCAGAAGACAUCGAUGUAUUCCAAAGCGGCACCAUGGGCGAUGAGCAGGAAGCACACGACUUGAUUGAUGAGGAGUACUACAUGUUUUGCAACGAAGGAUCCGAUAACGACAUAUUGGAUGAUGACGAGGAAGCGAGCAUGUCUAGCGCUAAACCUAGCGAGAUUGAUCCAUUUGACACUGUCUACUCAAACAUUCCAGACAACACUCACAUCCUGAAAGUCGACGAAAAUUGCAAACACUGCAAGGCCAGAAAGUUUGAGUCUGAGACUGACGGCUUCUGCUGUCGCAAUGGCCAGAUCGAGCUUAAGCAACCGGAACCAAUCCCAGAGCUUAUGAGGCUAUGGUCCAGCAUGGAUGCAGAUUCUAGACAUUUUCGGGAGAACAUACGUUUCUUCAACGGGCAUUUCGCCUUCACAACCCUUGGGGUCAGCCUUGAUGAAAACUACACUAACAUGAAGUCUGGGGUGUACACAUUCCGAGCACACGGCACCAUCUACCACAAUGUCCAUUCGUUCGGGCCUAGCUCCCGUCCAGAACAUCUGCAGUUGUACUUCUAUGACGACGACCCUAACCUAAAUCAUCGUAAGGCGGCCACCAAGCAAUUAGACCAGGAUGUCGUGAAGAGGUUAGUAGACAUACUCAAAGAAAACCCAUACUCCCAGCAAUUUAGGAGUUUGGGUGCACACAAGGACAACCUCGAUGAUUAUAGGAUAGACCUAAACACCGAUAAGAGGCUUGACCAAAGAAAAGAUAUAAUAAACCGGUGUCAUCUGAAGUCGCUGCAAUUUGGGUUGAGGGCACUGACCUAG